AUGGCGUUGUUAUCACGAACGAACGUGUAUUUUGUCCUUAAGGUCGUCACGGUGUUUCUUGCCUGCAGUGUUGUGCUUGACAUGGCAUUUUACUCAACUAGCACAGCAAGGAAUGCUGAUCUAGGUGAAGAAAGCAACGCGUCGAUAGCGAAGGUAUCAAUGCUGUAUGGCGAGCCAAAUCCUCUCUACGAACGUGCGCUUGCGACGCACGAGGCACACAACAACAAAUUUGGCUAUCCAUUCUUCAUCUUGCGCGAGCGAACUCUGCCGGGAUACUGGUCCAAGCCCGCAUACCUAUUACGGCUUCUGUUAUCUGAGUUAGAGAAGCCAGAGGCAAACAGAUUGAAGUGGCUGAUGUGGGUAGACGGAGACGUUGUGGUCAUGAACCCAAAUAUUCCACUGGAGAUAUUCCUACCACCUGAAGCAGAUUGGGAUCAUAUCCAUGCGGUUAUGACGAACGACCAUCGAGGAUUGAACAAUGGUGUGUUCUUUUUGAAAGUACACGAGUGGUCUGUGUGGCUUAUGAAUUCCUGCCUCAACACUCAGAUCCACGUACCAGAUCUUCAACUCGAGUUUGGGGAUCAGAGUGCGCUCCAAUAUUGGUUUAACAAAGAGCUUUUCAGAAACAACACCAUUCACGUGCCGCAGAGAUGGUUCAAUGCUUACGCAGGAUAUCGAGGGGCUCCGACGGAUCUGUUUGCCGAUCCGCUACAGCCAUCGUACAAGUUCAAAGAGAACUCUGUGAAGGAGGGUGAUUUGUUUGUUCACCACGCUGGACACAAAUCUCUGCGGGCACAGAGAAUGCUGCCAUGGAUCGAGGUUGCCGAAAGCCAUCUAGAGUCCUGGCAGUUAGAGCUCGAGGCCACGACUUACUUGGAGGAGAUAGCCGACUUCUGGAAGAACGAUGCUCGUAACGAACGAAAAGCUGUAGACAAAGUGCAGAAGGUACUGGAGGAGAACUUGCGGAAGAAGCAGGCUGCGAAGGAUACGGGAGCAAAAUCAGCUGUGGGGCAAGAUGGCAAGAAGCAGGCUUGA